GCCGAGUUAAUCGAGCUUGAGGAAUGCGAGUCCCAGGCUGAUGAGUCGAUCCCCGAUCAGCCUCUGAGCAGACAUGGCGGAUGACAAGGAUCCUCUGAAACAGUUAAAGGACCUGACGAAGCUCAAGAAUCAGCUGGAGGAGAUCCAGAGGCGAGUGGAGAACGAGGUGUCUGUAGGAAUUCCUCAGGGAUCCUCAGUUUUGGGAUCUCCCUUUCUGAAGGGCUUUCUGGCCGGCUAUGUGGCGGCCAAGCUACGCUCGUCUGCCUUCCUGGGAGUUCUGCUGGGAACAAUCACUGGCAUUUACGCGGCACAGAACUAUCAAGUGCCCAACAUUGAAAGGACCGUUAAAGAAUGUAUGAACAGCUUUAAAAAAGGACCAAAAUAAUUCAGACUGACUGCUAGUCUGCUA